UAGUUUUAGCUGCCACUUUCGAGUGAGUCAUGCACGGUAGCAGUAUCUGCCCGAGCCGCACAUCUGGUUCCUCGGCGGGACCAGUGGACUCCGAUAGCACGGUGCAAUCCCAAAACAAAGGUGGUGGGCUGGAGGCGCCAGCACCCCCGGCUCAGUCUUCCGACCACUGCUCUGCAGUCGUCCCAGAGCCAGAGCGCAAGGAUAUGCCGGAGCUUGUGGUGACCACGCUGCUCGCGCCCUCACGCAUCUCGCUGAAGCUGCUGCGGGCAUUGGUGAUGAGCUUAGUGUACUUGGCUGCCUUGGUGGCCGCCUUUGUCUAUAGCUGCAUUGCGCUCACCAAUGUGUUGUGCCACCCUCGCCGGGGCUGCUGUGGCCGCCAGAGGUUGUCUGCCCCAGAGUGCCUGAGAGACCCUACGCUGGGCGAGCAUUGCUUUCUAACCCUCAGGAGUUCCGGCCUGCGUCUGCACUAUAUCUCUGCUGGUCGUGGCAAUGGACCCCUCAUGCUCUUUCUUCAUGGCUUCCCAGAGAACUGGUUCAGCUGGCGCUACCAGCUGCGAGAGUUCCAAAGCCAUUUCCAUGUAGUGGCUGUAGACAUGCGUGGUUAUAGCCCCUCUGACGCUCCAAAGGAAGUGGAUUGUUACACUGUUGACUUGCUGUUGGCUGACAUCAAGGAUAUCAUCCUAGGCCUGGGGUACUCCAAGUGCGUUCUCGUGGGCCAUGACUGGGGCGCCACCCUGGCCUGGGAGUUCUCCAUCUACUUCCCGUCCCUAGUGGAUCGUAUGGUUGUGGUCAGUGGACCUCCCAUGUCAGUGUUCCAAGAAUACUCAACCCACCACAUCAGCCAGUUGUUCCAAUCAAACUACAUGUUCCUGUUCCAGCUUCCCCGGCUGCCAGAGAGACUGUUGUCUCUGUCUGACUUCCAGAUUCUCAAAGACACAUUCACUAACCGCAAGAACGGCAUCCCACGACUGACUCCUUAUGAACUUGAAGGUUUCCUUUAUCACUUCUCGCAACCUGGAUGCCUCACUGGGCCCAUCAACUACUACCGGAACUUGUUCAGGAACUUCCCCCUGGAGCCCAAGGAACUGUCAACACCCACACUGCUGCUGUGGGGGGAGAAAGACAACUCUUUUCAGCAGGGGCUGGUGGAAGCCAUUGGAAGCCAUUUUGUGCCAGGCCGUCUGGAAAGCCACAUUUUGCCAGGCAGUGGGCACUGGAUUCCACAGAGCCAUCCUCAGGAGAUGCAUCAGUACAUGUGGGCCUUCUUGCAAGACCUGCUGGGCUAGAAGCUCUUGUCUACCAACCUCACAUUGACAUGUCGGAGCUUAUGUCCCCUGUGUACCUGGGAGUCCAUGCAGUGUGUAUACAGGGUGGACUCCCAGAUUACCCGGAGCAAAUAACCCCGAGUUGCACACAGUAGCGUCUGUGAAUAUCUUGCCUCACACAUAGCCUGGAUGUUCGCAUGAGCAGCCACUUUGACCUUGGUAGCCAGAUAUGCCUCUCCUUGGUGGAGAUAGAUGCCGUAUCACUCCUUCUCAAAGCCUCCCUGCCCCAGCGGCUGCACAAACCACAAAUUCUAACCUUUCUGUCUUGUUUGCCACCCCCUAGUCUGAAGUUCAAGUCUUCCUUAAUAUUGCAUCCAAUAUAUUUCUUAACACACAGUGAUACUUCAAUUUAAAUGUUAAUGAGCUAAGAUGAACCACUAUGAAAAAUAGAGUGUCUCUGGAGCCAGGAAGAUGACUUAGUGAUUAAAAGCAUUUGUUGCUCUUGUAGAGGAUAUGAGUUCUAUUCAUACCCUCUACCCACAUGAGUUCAGCACCCACAUGGAGUUUCACAACCAUCCAUAAAUCCAUGUUCAGGAGAUCUGACACCUUCUUCUGCUAUCCCUGAGCAAUAGGCACGCAUAUAGCCUACACACAUACCUGUGAGUUAAAAUACAUCUACAUAUAAAAAAGACAAUAAAGAAUUUAUUUAGCCGGACGGUGGUGGCAUAUGCCUUUAAUCCCAGCGUUUGGGAGGCAGAAGCAGGCAGAUUUCUGAGUGCGAGGCCAGCCUGGUCUAUAGGUCUACAGAAUGAGUUCCAGGACAGGCAGAGCUAC